CCAGGGCGGGAGGCGGCGGCACGGGCUUGAAACGGGACCCCGCCUCAGCCGCAAGUAUUCGCCUCACAGCCCUCUGGGCCCCUCCUGCCCUGCGCCGCUGCUCCUCAUGCAGCGGCUCCGGCACCAUAGCCGCUGCUAACCCCUGCCCGUUUCCGCCAGACAAGAACCCGUUCCGGCCGCUCCCAGACCUGCGGGCUAUCGCUUCGCUGCCCACGGCGGCGGCUCCCGGGCCCGUGACGGGCGGGUCGCGCUGCUUGCCGCGGCCCUGGGAACGGAGCGGGCGGGGCUACGGCUGCAGCCGGAGCUUUUGCGGGACGGGACCGCGGCACCCGGAAACACCGGGUGGCUGGUGAGAGCUGAGCCGGCAGUGAGGGGCGAGCUGGGCCGUCAGCCGGGUGCUGCAGGCUCACAGAAUGCAGAAAUUUCGGUCCAAGUUCAGGAGAGAUGUGUGUUUCCCAUUAUCUGUAUUUUGUUCAGAAGCAUUUUGAAAACUGAAAACCAAAAAGUUUAAAAACUUAUUUAUCUGAAGAAAAAAGUGAAAAAAUGUCUACCAAUUUAAAAUAUCUUUCCUUGGGCAUCCUAGUUUUUCAGACCACAAGUUUAGUCUUGACGAUGCGUUAUUCUCGGACGCUGAAAGAAGAAGGACCUCGUUACUUAUCCUCUACUGCAGUAGUUAUUGCUGAACUUCUGAAGAUUUUGGCCUGUGUUCUAUUGGUCUACAAAGACAGCAAGUGCAAUUUACGGACUCUCAACAGAGUGCUACAUGAUGAAAUCCUUAACAAACCCAUGGAAACUCUUAAACUUGCUAUUCCUGCAGGAAUUUAUACUCUUCAGAAUAACUUGCUGUAUGUAGCAUUGUCAAACCUAGAUGCAGCCACGUACCAGGUUACAUAUCAACUGAAAAUUCUUACCACAGCAUUGUUUUCUGUGUCCAUGUUGAGCAAGAAAUUGGGUCUAUACCAGUGGCUUUCAUUAGUAAUAUUGAUGACAGGAGUGGCAUUUGUGCAGUGGCCUUCAGACUCUCAAGCAACAGCUGCUAAGGAACAUUCAACAGGAUCUCAGCUUGUAGGCCUGAUCGCAGUUCUUAUAGCAUGCUUUUCUAGUGGAUUUGCUGGGGUUUAUUUUGAGAAAAUUUUAAAGGAAACUAAACAGUCUGUGUGGAUCAGAAACAUUCAGCUUGGAUUUUUUGGUAGCAUAUUUGGACUGAUGGGUGUAUACAUUUAUGAUGGAGAACAACUAUCAAAGAAUGGAUUUUUUCAAGGAUACAAUAAACUUACUUGGAUAGUUGUUGUUCUACAGGCACUUGGAGGGCUGGUGAUUGCUGCUGUUAUAAAAUAUGCAGACAAUAUUUUAAAGGGAUUUGCAACUUCUCUCUCUAUUAUACUGUCAACAUUGAUCUCUUAUUUCUGGCUGCAAGAUUUUGUCCCUACAAGUGUCUUUUUCUUCGGAGCCGUCCUUGUAAUAGCAGCUACUUUCCUAUAUGGUUAUGAUCCCAAACCUGCAGGAAAUCCCAUUAAGGCAUAGCAGACUUCCUCACCAACCUGCUUCUCGAGAUCAUGCACUGGGGGCCUUGCUAACAAUGGCAUGCGGAAAGUGUCAUUGUGCAUUGCAAGGAAAGGAUUACUACCCUGAAUGUAUUGAAGAAAUAUGAAUAGUUUUGAACAGCCAGAGGGGUUAAAGGUGGAUAAUGAUACUGUCUGUAACUGAUGGGGAAAAAAAAAAAUGGCAGGGGAAUGCCCAGUGCAACUUGCUAAUAAAAACUUGAAAGGAACAGGUUUCCAAGAAACUGCAAUUAAGAAUGUUUACAGCCUUGACUGGGAUUGCAUCAAAAGAAUUUACUGUAUUGACUGCUGCAGAAAUAUGUCCUAUGCACUCUUUGAAAGAGCACACAACAACAUUGUCAGAUUCUAUGUUUUUGCAAUUUGACUAUAUUUAAUCUUAAUAGAUAUGUUUUUAAAUUUGUCUAUUUACAUGAAAUCAGCUGAAUACACAUCGUAGUUCUAAAUUGAUGAUUUUAAUUAGGUAUUCCUUAUUAAAACUGUGAAGAUUGAAGAAAGAUGCUUUCACAAUAUCAAAUAUUUUUAUAUUUUUAGAAGGCAGAUUUAAUAACAGGAAUCUGUUAUUAAAUUAUAAUAUUAUAAUUCUGUUGCUUAUAUAAAACUCUUUUAAGAAUAUUAACAUUCUCAUCUAAGUACACAAAGGGAGAAAUUCAGAAUGAAAGAUGGAAGUCUGCGUUGAUACUCUAGCCUUCAUCAGGAUAGCCUGUAGUGUUCCAACAGAUGCCAUAACUCUGUGAACACAGGCCAGAGGUUACUGCACUAGCCUGCUACUAAGAGUAGGGUUAUGAUGGGGCACUUGCUCAGAUGUAAUGUUCAUUCUUUUUUUUAUUGAUUAUAAAUCAACUUUUUGGUAAAUCUUUAAAGUAGUUUUUAUGCUUUAAAUAUCCUCUGGGGGUUUUUUUAACCUCAAAUUAAAAAACAAAAGCCCAUAAUAUACAUUUUAAAUGCGUUAUUGUUGUCUGUAACAGCUGCAGCUGGAGCUAUUAUGGUGUAUCAUCUGUAUACUGUACUGUAUUUUAUUACAGACGUGUUUUUUAAACAAGUGUUGUUUACUCAUGAA